UAGGAAUCAUGCUCCAUGUGUAAAAGGUAAUACAAUCAAGUGAAUUUGACUUUUCUUAUAUAAUCUGAACAUCAAAAAGGAAAGAGAGGAAAAAAAAAUCAUAUCCAUCAGAACCAUCAAAGUGAUACAAUUCAUGGCCAAGCUAAAAUCUAAUCAACUUGACAAUCUAUUAAAUUGUGAUGAUUAUAAAACGUUUUAACAAUUAAAACCCCUCAAGGAUUAUUACAUAAUAAUUAAUCUCGUUGAUCGAAAAUGUUUAAUUGAAAUUGAAAACUGGAAACAAAUGUGAUUCCAAAUGGAUUUGUUUUAAUCAACUGUCAACAUCUUUAUUUUGUGUGAUUAAUUGCAAGUGAUUAAUUGUUGUGACUCUGUGAUUUUCCAUUGAUUACAAUUAACCCGUGAUUCCAAUCAAAUAUUAACAAUCAGAAUGCAGAAUAUCAUGAGAAAACAAAUGACAGAAUCUGAGCUUCCAGUUAGUGAAAGGUUAGAACUUAAAGAACUUAAAGAUCGAUUGGCCAUGGAAAAUGGCCGAGCUUCGCUUUAUGGGACAAGUAAUCUUGCUUUUAACGAUGAAGUGUCACCUUUGGGGUCAGAGACUACUGAAAAGUUGACACUUGACAUGAUUACAGCGGACGAAGCGGAUAAAGUGUUCAGGGACGGGGAGGAUGGACGCGAAUCUUGGGACAGUAAAUUACAAUUUAUGCUCGCGACCAUUGGAUACGCUGUAGGAUUAGGUAAUGUUUGGAGAUUCCCGUACCUGGCACAAAAAAAUGGCGGAGGUGCAUUUUUAAUCCCAUAUUUCAUGAUGUUGGCAGUCAUGGGGAUCCCAGUUUUUUACCUUGAACUUGCUGUGGGUCAAAGGUUAAGAAAAGGAGCUAUCGGAGCCUGGAAUCUUGUAUCAACCUACAUGGGAGGAAUUGGAAUCGCUUCGGCUGUUGUUUCAUUCAAUGUUGCCCUUUAUUAUAAUACAAUCAUCGCUUGGUGUAUAUUUUACCUGUUAAAUAGCUUCGAAUCUCCUUUACCUUGGGCUAAUUGUCCAAAAGAUAAUUAUCCAAAUGGUACUUAUGUUAAUAAUUCUGAAUGUUCGAGAAGUUCACCUACUCAGUAUUUUUGGUACCGAGAGACUCUUAAUAUAUCCAAUGAGAUCGAAAAUUUCCAAGAUUUCAAUUGGAAAAUCGCUGGAUGUCUUUUACUCGCUUGGAUUCUGUGUUACCUUUGUAUGGUUAAGGGAAUCGCUUCAUCUGGAAAGGUAGUUUAUGUGACGGCCACUUUUCCAUAUUUUGUACUAUUAAUAUUUUUCUUCCGAGGGAUAACACUUAAGGGAAUGUCAGCCGGAGUAUCACAUCUAUUUACUCCAAAGUGGUCUAAAUUGUUGGAUCCAAUUGUUUGGCUCGAAGCUGGAACUCAAAUAUUUUUCUCACUUGGACUUGGAUUUGGAGGAUUAAUCGCAUUCUCAUCAUAUAAUCCAGUUCAUAAUAACUGUUAUCGAGAUGCGAUCUUCGUGGCUUUAACUAAUUGUGGCACUUCCAUGUUUGCGGGGAUCGUUGUUUUCUCGAUAUUAGGUUUCAAAGCUCAUCAAAUCAAUAGUCGAUGCAUAGAAAAUCGAACAAAUUAUAUUGAUCUUAAUGGCCUCAAGGAAUUUCCCAUGUUGGAUGGAAUCGUUUAUCUCAAUUCUACGGCCACGAUUCAUUUGGAUAAAUGUGAUAUUCAAGAAGAAUUGGAUAAGGGAGCCUCAGGAACUGGUUUAGCUUUUAUCGUUUUCACCGAGGCCAUAAAUGAAUUUCCGUUCGCUCCAUUAUGGUCAAUCCUAUUUUUCCUCAUGUUAUUCACCCUUGGAAUCGAUUCCCAGUUUGGAACCCUGGAAGGAGCAGUAACAUCAAUCGUAGAUUUAAAAUUAUUUCCCAAUUUACGGAAAGAAAUCUUAACAGGAUUUAUCUGUUUGGUAUCAUUUCUUUUAUCAUUGGUAUUUGCUCAUGGUGCUGGUAGUUAUAUAUUCACCUUAUUUGACAAUUUUGCCGGAAACUUUCCUCUUCUAAUUAUUGCCUUCUUUGAAUGUAUCGCCAUUGCAUUCGUUUAUGGCCUGAAAAGAUUUAGCGAUGACCUCGAAUUAAUGACCGGUAAACGUCCAAAUCAUUACAUGUUAUUUUGCUGGCGAUAUGCGGCCCCAUGUACCAUGUUGAUAAUCCUCAUUUCGAGUCUGGUUAGAUUAUCACAGGAAAGUGGUUACGAUGCUUGGGAUAGUAAACUGGCAACUGUUAUAGUUAAGGAAUGGCCUGGAUGGGCUAAGAUUCUAGCGACAUUAUUGAUCGUAAUUUGUGCUGUUUGGAUCCCGUUAGUUGCCCUGUUAAAGGUCAUUGGAAGACCUUUGCUUCCUGAAGAAGAUGCUUCUUGGUUCCCUGCUGAUGAAUUAAGAAUUUAUCAUGGAAUCAAACCUCAUAGGCCGACACGUUGGGAACGAUUAAUUUUCGCCAUGAAAGAUGAUUUCGAUCCAACAAUUGAAUCUGAUGAUAUUUAAACAAAUUUACCAUUCGAAUCAUUUGUAAUUGUAAUAUUGGUCAAUCGUUAAUUGAAUCAUUUUAAAGAUAUUGAGUAUUGGGUGAUUGCUGUUAAUUGUAAAUAAUAUAUUGUAAUCAUAGUCUCAAAUUGUAUUAAUGUCUCAACAAUCUAAAUCCAAUGUAAAAUCUGUAUAAUUUAUUUACUUUAUUUUCAUUUAGUAGCAAUUAACAUGUUGAUUAUAAUCAAUGAUUGGACCUAAAUUUUAAGCCACAAUCAUUAGAGUUUAGUAAUUAGUGUCAAUUUAUCAAGUUUUUUUUACUUAAAUUGUUCCUACCCAAUUGAAAAUUUGAAUAACUCAACUAAGAAGAUUCCAGCAUUGAGAUUUUAAUCACAAUUCUAGUUUUGAUUAUUGUAAUAAUAAAAAUAAUAAAGUUUCAUAAAGACUCAA